AUGUCUCACUAUGCAGUUCGGCUCUUCUUCAGAGUUCAAACCGUAGCAAUGAUCAAACUUCGAGCAGGACUUGGUGGAUUGGCAGCUGACGAAUCCUUAGGUCCGGAGCUCCUCUUGGCGCCCUUCAUACGCCGCUUCUACUUCGAGACUCAUCUUGUUCUGCUCGACGGCCCUCCUUAUGCGAACGGUCGCCUUCACAUAGGACAUGCUUUAAAUAAGACUACGAAAGACAUCAUCAACAGGUACCAAGUCUUGACCGGUCAUCAAAUACACUACCACCCUGGCUGGGACUGCCAUGGGUUGCCUAUCGAAAAUAAGGCUCUGCAGGAGUUAAAGAAGGAUGCUCUUUCAUUACCACCCAAUGUCAUACGCGCAGCAGCCAAAGCAACAGCAGAGCGCGAAAUGAAGACGCAGCAGGAGGAAUUCGAGCAGUUUUGCAUAAUGGCCGAUUGGAGCCCAAAAACGACCUUCCGCACACUUGACCAUGACUAUGAAAUUCGUCAGCUUCAGGUAUUUCAACGAAUGGUCGACCAAGCCUAUGUGACCUUUCCGUUGGACUCGCAGACUACAAUCGCGAGCACUGCUCUCCGAGAAGUCUUGGCCAAGGAGCCUUCGGCAAAUUUGCUAGUAUGGACCACUACACCUUGGGCUCUAACAGCAAACAUGGGCAUUGCCGUUCAUCCCGAAUUGAUUUACAGUCUCGUGCGCUCAUCUGUCAAGGAGGAUGCUCUCGUUGUUGCUAAAGAUCGUCUUGUCGCGCUGGAGCACAUCAUCGGACCCCACGAAGUUAUUGCUGAAAUCAAGGGCGCAGAUCUGGUGGGCGCGCAAUUCCGCUCCAUCUUCUCUCCAAUCCAUCCGUCUGGCUCAAUGAGUGCAAAUAUCAUUGCGGCAUCUCAUGUCACAUCGGAGUCUGGAUCUGGUCUGGUGCACUGCGCCCCUGCACAUGGCGCAGAAGAUUAUUUGGCAUUCCGAGCGCUAGGUCUUCUGCAAGGCCCCACGGAUAUCAUAUGUCACGUCGAUGAUGCCGGCAAAUUUUCUCUUGGUGUUGCUCAUGUCGUAGGCGAAGAAGCUGCACAAGCACUAGUAGGUCAGGAGGUACUCAAGGGUGGAAACAAGGCUAUCAUCAGACUACUGGAGUCCAUCGGGUCCCUUGUGAGAGUGCAGAAGAUCAAGCAUCGCUAUCCGUAUGAUUGGAAGACUGGUGAACCUAUCAUUGUAACGGCCACCUCGCAAUGGUUUGCCAACCUGGACGGCAUCAAGGAUGAUGCACUCCAUGCGCUGAAGGAUGUACAGUUCUAUCCGCCGUCGUCUCGCAAUCGACUGGAGUCAUUCGUUCGCUCGCGUUCCGAAUGGUGCAUUUCUCGCCAGCGAGUGUGGGGUGUCCCGAUCCCGGCUCUAUACCACACCCCGACGGAUACCGCUGUCCUCUCAUCCGAAUCCCUCACUCACAUAUUACGUGUUCUGUCUGAGCGAGGCGUCGCUCAUUGGUGGGAAGGUCCAGUCGAAGACUUCCUUACCCCAGAGCUGCUCGCCAAUUUCGCAGGCGGGCCUGAAGCUUGGCGCAAAGGCACGGACACAAUGGACGUCUGGUUUGAUAGCGGGUCAAAUUGGAGUACACUGAGCGCGCCUACAGGCGAGCGAAAAUAUCGGGCGGACGUAUGUCUUGAAGGCACAGACCAGCAUCGCGGGUGGUUCCAGAGCCAGUUGUUAACCUCAGUGGGUGUUAGCUCCGGACGAAGUGCUGCAAGGCCAGUGAGCCCAUACGGAACGCUGAUCACGCAUGGUAUGGUACUUGAUGAGGCAGGCAAGAAAAUGAGUAAGUCUCUCGGAAACAUUGUCAGCCCGAUGACUAUCAUUCACGGUGGCAAGGAUAAGAAGAAAGAACCUGCAUAUGGUGCCGAUGUCCUCCGCUUGUGGGUAGCAACUGUCGAGUACUGGCGAGAUAUGUCUAUUGGACCCACAGUUCUUGCACAAUGUGCGGAAUCUAUGAGGAAGAUCCGUAAUUCUGCUCGGUUUAUUCUUGGAAAUAUUGGUACAACUAUUCAACGAAAGCGCGGUCGUAACUACCCUCACCAAAGUGAGCGCUAUCCAGUCCUCGACUUUACGACCUCCGUGAUGGCCCCAGCACUACCUUACCUAGCAGAAGACAUCCACGGUACUCUCCACGAAGGUGAUGAAGCUGUGUCCCAGCUAUCCGUUUUUGCGAAGAAGUGGACUCCCAGCGCUGAGUGGAGUGAUCCGCAUGCCGACCAAGAUAUGGCGAGUUUGCUGAGGAUGCGCAGCGUCGUGCUAUCUCUUUUGGAAAAGGCUCGAGGGGAUAAGCAUCUGAAGAGCUCUCUCGAAGCUGACGUCGAUGUUAUCUUACCCAACGAUAUAUCCGUGCAACCGUAUUUGCUACAGUUGAUCGAACGUGAAGAGACGUUCCUGAAGACGCUGUUCAUAGUUUCUGAUGCCAAGAUCACGGACGAAGGCUUUCUCGGCACUAGUUCAUUCACGUGGUCCUAUGUCUCUUCAAUGGAUAUACCCGCUGUUUCUGUUAUCACACCCCAUGAUGUUGAACACGAGACACCCACAUACACAUUGUAUUAUGACCGGUUGUAUUACCCUCAUCCCACCGUUUUUGCGACUGCCCCUGCUUUUUGUGUGUGGUUGCAAUCGGCACUUGAGCUUCAUGUCCAGUCCCGUUCUGCAUGCAGUCAUUUUGACCUUCCUGUGUCUGUGAUCUUCCAUGAACCUAAUGUCGUGAGGUCUCCGCUCUCUCCGUUGCCGCACGUAAUCCAUCGUGGUUUACUGCAUCGCCUUUCUGUCCUGCGUGAUGCUGCCCAGUGCAUUGGAUGUAAGCGGUCAGGGGCACGACUGAAGGCCAAAAGUGUUAAUACCAUCUCGCGACAUUUUGAAGUCCUGCGAACAGAGCUUCACCUUCCUGUGGCAUCGCUCCGAACUCGCGCCACGUUGAUCGCAGCAGUGGUUGAUGAUCCUUAUGGUGGUAAUGUUGCAGCUGCACUCCGCCGCUCUCCUGUGCCAUUAGCGUCCUCUCUAACUCCGAAAUCUGCAUCCUCGGCCGUCACGAGUCUUGGCUUCGCCUCUCUCGUCGUGUGGAGCAGCUCAAUGCAUUCGAAGAUAACAACAUCAGGGAGUGGCCUACGCACACACUUGAAGCGCGAGAAGUAUUGGACCAGUUGUCGAAUAUGCAUCACACCACUCCGCUGA